AUGAUUUCUCGUAUUGCUGCUAAGAGAUCUUUUUACCACACCUCUAAAUCAAUUUAUCAAAAUUGCUUUAGAUCAAUGUCUUCAGCUAACAUUGCUGCUCAACAUUUUUCUCCUAUUAGAGUAACAUUCACAGACGACGACUCCCGCAUGACCGUUGAUCUGCCUUCAGUAGGCCCAACAUGGAUUGUAGUUGACAAAACAGAUACUUUUGGAAAACUCAAGGAAACUAUUCAGCAAGAAGAUACAGUCGUAGAGCAAUUUGAAGUUCUUGAUUCUUCACUAAACACCAUUUCUGGUUUCUCAAACUUGAAAGUUCAAGAGUCUUUAGAAGAUCCAUACCUCACAUACUUUUUAAAGAUUAAUGGAGAUAUCCAUGAAUUUGAUACUCCAACUCUUGAUGUGCAUAAAGAAGCAAGAGAGUCUAGAAAAACUAGUAAAACAGAAGGAUAUUCAGAAAAAGUAGGGUCAGAUGAAACCAUAUCUGCCUUCUUAAACCAGGCAGAAGAUAUUCUGUACAACCAUUUCAAUGGAAUCAAGAAUAAAUCUCAGAACAAAGAGAAGUUAUCUUUGGCCAAGAAAUAUAUCUACAACUUGUACUUAAAGAAAAUUGAAAUUGAAAGGUCAAUUGCAGAUCUUGACAAAGAGAAAAAGAUUAUUGACAAGAAAGCCCAGUUUAGGACAAAUCUGGUCUUUACCUCGUACUUCAUGGCGUUCCUCACUGAAUUCUUGGUUGGAUAUUAUUGCAUUUAUGAAGUGGAUUGGCUAGGUUGGGAUCUUGUCGAGCCAGUUACUUACAGUCUAGCACAAGGCCAAUUCGUCAUCGGAACAUGGUUCUUCUGAAAAUAUCUUUCUGAUUCGAGUUGUGCCGACCUCAACUCUUUCUUCAAAAAUAGAAUUAGAAAGAAGAUGUACAAGAAAAGACUGUUUGAAUUCGAAAGACUAGAGUAUUUAAAAACUCAACUAAAGGAGAUUGAGUCGAAGAUUGAAAAGAAAGAAAGAGAAAUGCUUUACUAA